AAAAAACUUGACGAAAGUACAAUGUGGUUUGGUGGGAGGGAUAACUUGUGGCUGCAGUCCCAGGCAGGAGGAAGGGCACAAUAAGCACAUGGCACAGUCUUCGACACAGUCCAAAGAUGCUCGUAUGGCUGAAGCUAUAUAAAUAAGAUUAUUGUCCCCAGAAAAGGAUAACACUGAACUCUGGAUGCAGAAGCUACAACUGGGCAACAGAAAAGGGGAAGAUGCGGGACUUGAUGGAAAGGCUGCACACUGUCCAUGAGGCUCACGAGGCAGAGUAUUAUCAACCUGAAAAUGAGGCUGAUAUGGAGGAGAUGAUGUACUCUCAAGAGGCUGUUGUGUUUGAUAAUCCCUCUGCUCUUGACCAGAUCCUCAAAGAAGCUCAUGGGAUUCGAAAAGAGAUAUCAGUGCUCCAUUUUGAGGUGGAACGCUUAUGUGCCCACAAUGAGCGCUUUGGCACAUCUGUACGCCGUCUCACUUUGCUGAAAAAAGACUCAGACUCCAUUGCCAGGGGCAUUGUCCAAAGAGGGGAGGCUCUCUAUGCCCGUAUACAAGAACUCGGUAAGAACAGCAGGCAGUUACAGGAGGCAGAGGGCCCACACAAAGCAGUCAGUCGCAUUGCCAAAACCCAGUAUGACACUUUAACAUGUGCCUUCCAAAAUAUCAUGAGUGAUUACAAUAAAGCAGAGAUGAUUCAGAGGAGUAUGUGCUGUGGGAGGAUCAAGAGACAUGCUUCUAUCAUGGGGACUGACAUCACAGACCAGCAGCUGGAUGAGCUCGUGGACAAAGGGGGAGAAGGUUGGGCAGAGUUCUCCCAGAGUCUGCAAACUCAGGGGGGACGCUCUUCCCGCUGGGCCCUAAAGGAGAUCCAGGGCAGGCACAAGGAGCUGCUGGAGCUGGAGUCAAGGAUCAAACAAGUGCACGAUCUCUUCUUACAAAUGGCCAUCCUGGUGGAGGAGCAGGGUAGCAUGCUCAACAACAUUGAAGCCAAUGUUAAUGGCACCCAGGAGUAUGUAGAUAGAAUGAAUGUCCAGAUGAAGAAGGCGUUGAAAUAUAAAAAGAAGAAUCCCUUCCUUCAGUGUUGUCCCUGCUUGCCAUGUUGGAGACAAAGUAAAACCUUUUAAGCCACAAUUGAAAAUAUUAUAUUUUUAGUUAUUGAGUUGAUUAUGUGUUGUGCAUAUCUAGAGGCUGGACACUCCUACGGACAGGAUGUCUCUAACCUUAGAUGAAGUUUUUAUAGACUGGGUUCCAUACAUGUAAUGUUUAAACUUAAACAAAAUUAUAAUAAUAAUUUGUGUUUUAAAGUAAUAAAUUGCAUUUUAAAAUGGUGCACUUAAAAACAAAGCAACUUAUGUCUGUUAUUUGACAUAGGCCUGGUUACAGGGCUCAUUAUCUACUCUACUCAUCCAGCCACAAGAAUUACUUUUUACAUAGGCCUAUUCUUUUUUGCACUGACUAACAAUUUAUGCAUGUAUUCAAUUUGUUUGGUUGUUUUGUUAUGUUCUUUAUUUCACAAUGUAGAUAAACAUUGUUCGACUGUACAUCAUUAAAUGAACCGCUAGGUGGAAGCACACGCCCAUAAAUUCGCGUCUCCUGCUGCGUGUUCAUUUUUGUAGCACUUAGCUGAACACAGAAAUACACACAAGAGGAGGAGGCACCAUCUCUAAAGUUUCAGCUGACUUUAUUUGGAAACUUCUCCACGACCCAAUAAUUUUAUCACUUCUGUUGCACGUGGUUUCUGUUGGAUUAUGCAUCUACAUGGGGCACCAUAUGCUAAUUGUGCUGGAUUUUCUUUGUGAAUGUAUCUACUUUUAAUUUCUCAUUUGCUUGGCUACAUGAGCACAUGCUAACAUGUAACGCUAGCUGAAAGCUAGCAGCUAAUGCUAACUAUGUGCCAGGCAACUGUGUGUUAAAUUGCUACUGUUGAAAAUACGAUGAGAACCUGUAACCUGCAAAUUGUAAUAACGGAUUAGUUUGGUUCUUUAUAAAGCUAACCCAAUGAC